AUGAAGCAGGUCCAAGCGAAGCAUCGAGAGGGGCUUGCUCGGCUAGAGAUUGUGGAGCAGAUGAAGCGAUGGAGACUUGAAGCAGACAAGCAGAAACCUCUCACAGUCUACUAUAGCUCGGCAAGGCUGCACGCUUACUACAGUCUGGCGGGGAGCGAGAGGAGGACGAGGCAGGAGGAAGAAGUCAGCAGGCCGGCCAUGAGCAUGCAGCAGUUCGGAAAACUGAUGAGCGACUGCGGGGCGAUACCCACCGAGGUCUCCUUGUCCUUGCUCGACUCUCUUUUCCUACGCACAUGCCAGGCUGCAAGAGAAUUGGAGACCCCGUCCUCUACCCCAACCUCUUCCUCCUUCCCCUCCUCUUCCUCCUUCCCCUCCUCCCCUUCGACCAUGGAAGCGAAACUGCGACUGGAAGGCUUCAUGGCAGCUCUCGCCGUCUCUGCCGUUCAUCUCGUCCAAGAGUCGAAGUCUAUGGCUGGUAAGUCGGUGAAUCCAGACGAGGUGGCACGAGAACAGACAGCAGAGGUGGAAGAGGAUGAUGACGAGAUAGAGGAGGAGGAGCAGAAGUGA